AUGUCGUCAUUUCUACCUACAGCUGAAGACUUUAAGAUUACAGUCAAACUAACAAAACGUAUACCCAUCAAUCCCCGAGAGGACCUUCUAACCCGCAAUCUUGGUGACAUAUACAAUCAAUGCUUACAGAUUCUUGCUGGCAAAAACUAUGAUGAAAAGCGAAUGAGCUCCAAACUACAAUCCACCAAAGAUGGUCUAGUGUUGGCUAAAGGCUCUUGGUGGCUCUACGGACCAGCUGUCGCCAAAUUGUCCUACGACAACGUUCUCCAGUUCUCAUCCUGUCCUGGACGUCCAGCCAAAGUUCUCAUUCUAAUCACCAACGCGGAUAGAACGAAAACGGAGUUAGUCGUGGUUAAAACCAAAGGUCCAAGUUAUGCCAACCACCUUCUAAGUGUACUGCAAAAACACGUUGCGGUGGCACAUCAACGCCUGGCACAGAAUACAACUUCACUCGUGGGCAAUGGAACUCGACCGGUCAGCUACCAACAAGCAGUGAGUGGUGAUUACGUGGAAUCGCGAAAAUCCUCCGCCAAUCUCUCCUCCUCCCCUUAUCAGAAACGAAGGCCUGCUCCAAGUCCUCCAACUGCAAAAGCUCAAGAACCCCAACAAGUUCAGAAGGUUAUUACCCCUAAAUUGUCUGAAGAUCUCUCAGAACCAAGGUUGCGUUCAGAACGCGUCAAUAGGAGGAAGAUUUCAAGCGAAAAGGUGGACAAUGAGAUCUCAACUCCGAAUGAUGGAAGCUAUCGGAGUAAUUACGUUAAAACAACCUAUGAUUCCGAGACGAAGGUGGAGACGCUUGACUCUGUGGUCUACUAUGGACAGGAGGCAGAGAAGCCAGUGAAGUCACCGAGCAGUACUACGAAACAGAAGAAGCCCAAAAACCGCGCACCGAGAGAACUUAGCACCCUGAGUGGUGGACGUAAGGUAACGAGGGAGUUCGAUGAGAAUAAUACCCCAUGGGAGGUGAAUAUUUGCUACAUCAAGCAUGAUCCUCUAGUGGGUUGUGUUGAAGAUGAAUCCGGACCGAUCUACAUGUACACAGCGCACCAACUGGUGCCCAGAGAUGAUCAUGAUUAUGACAAUUAUUACUCAGAAAACAGCGAUGGAGACUCUUUCAGUGACGAUGACAGUGACGACAGCUCCUCAUCGGAUAGUGAAGACAGUCAAGACGAGAAUAAGGAGUUGGAGAGAUUUAUGAUGCUAAGCGGGAGUAACAAUGCCAGUCAUGCAACCAAUGGAACUGGCGGUAAAUUGAGUGAAGUCUAUGAGUACUAA